GGGAAUUAGAAGUGGCGGGAAAUGCACAAUAUUUUGGUUGGCGCUUUUGUUUGAAUGGAAAAUUGAAAGUCCCUCCACUCUCCGCGCAUCUACUAAGACAAAUGGAGCAGCCAAGUGCUCCUCUGUCCUAACCAACUCAUACUUUUAAAUACUCUCUCCACUUUCACGCUAAAUACUUCCCAAAGUUCUGUGUUGGUUGGAAGCUUUCCGGCCACAAUGGCGGUUGAUUCAGGCGCUGCUUCCAAUCAGUUACUCAAGAGCCCUAACAAGCUCACCAAAUCCCAAAAAGAUGCUCCUCUUUCUCCAAAGGCCAAGCGAAACAAUUCACCUGGCAUCCGGCUUGUCGGUGGUCGGAUUUAUGAUUCCGUCAACGGAAAAACUUGUCAUCAGUGUCGCCAAAAAACCAGGGAUUUUACUGCUGCAUGCAAGAAUCAGAAGAAUAACAAGCCAUGUACAAUUAUGUAUUGUCAUAAAUGCCUCUUGAACAGGUAUGGUGAGAAGGCAGAAGAAGUAGAUGCUUUAGGAGAGUGGAGCUGUCCCAAGUGUAGAAGCAUUUGCAACUGCAGUGUUUGCAUGAAGAAAAGAGGUCAUCAACCCACUGGUAUACUUAUUAAAACGGCGAAGGCAACUGGCUUUUCAUCUGUUUCUGAGAUGUUGCUUAAAGGAGCUCAACAUUUGAAUUGCGAAAAAGUUGUUGCAAAGAUGGCUGCUUCACCAAAGAAGCAAGUUGCCCCUUCACCCAGAAAGCGGGGCAAGGAAAAUUCUUUUGAUGGAAAAGUUGAUGCAAAUUUGCCAAUUGACACCGACAAGAAUUCCAAGAAAGUUAAGAAGGUCCACAAGGGCAAUAAGGAUGAUCAAAGCCCCGAUAAAAGAAAAUUGGAGCAUGAAGCUUUUGCAGAAAUGUACGACCGUAAUAAGAAGCAUGAAGCUGAGGGUACUGGUUCAUGUGGUGCUGAGAAGUCAAAGCAAAUCAAGAGGGGUAGAUCAUAUGAGCUGGAAAAUAAGAAAGAUGAUGGCGAAAUAUUGAAGGAGAAGAGUGUAAAUGAUGUAGAGAAAAAACCAAAAAAAUCAAAGAAGGGGUUAGAGAAAGAUGAUAGUGAGAAGAGUGAUAUCGCUUUAGCAAGGAGAACAAGUCCUAGAAAAUUAGCUGUUACGCAGAAAAUAUCCGACCAAGAAGCAAAACUCAAUGUUGGGGUCAAUCCAAAGGAAAUUAACAUAACGGGAGAUGAAAUUAACUCUGCAAAUACUCUGGUUGUUUUAAAGCAGCAUAGUGCUAAUAUUUUCCCUGACAUACCAAUGCCUCUGGGGACAGAAUUGAACAAUGUUGCUGGGAUUGAUGUAUCGACAGAAGAUGUUGGGAAUGCGUUGCAGUUUUUAGAAUUUUGUGCUGCUUUUGGAAAGAUUCUAGAGGUGAAAAAGGGACAGCCAGAGCAUGUUCUUCAAGACUUGUUCAAUGGGCGAGCUGGACGCCGAGGAAAAUUUUCCGUGACAGUCCAAUUUCAUAUCCACCUACUAUCUAUUUUAAAGACAGAGCAAGGAGAAGAAUGUGGAGAACUAAGUCCAUCAGUUGGAAAAAACUCAUGGUUCAAUGCACUUAAGAACUGCUUCUCUGAGUCUCAAAGCUUUGUUAAGGCUCAGGGACUGGAUUGUUUAGAGAGGGCAUCUGAUUAUGAAUCUUUAGAACCUUCGGAAAAGCUUGGGCUUUUAAAUUUCCUCUGUGAUGAAAUUCUUGAAACUGAAAAGGUGAGGAGUUGGAUGGAUGAGCAAAAUACAGAAUUUGCUGAAAAAGCCAAGGAAGCUAGACAAAAUGUUAUUGCUGCAAAGCAGAAGGAAAAGUCUUUGAAGCAGAAAAUGAAAGAUGAUGUUGCCAAAGCCAUUAUUGCUAAGCAUGGUGCUCCUCUUUCGAUUUCAGAGCAUGAAGCCAUUGUCUCCAACAUUAAACGGAAGGCAGCAGAAGCUCAUGCUAAGGUGCUUGAGUCAAAGGGCAUGCUUGUUGAAAAAAGUCAGACUUGCAAUGCUGUACGGAUAGAGCCUUUCCUUGUGGGACAUGGAGGUAAUGCAUACUGGAAACUAAAUUGUUUUGGCAAUGUACUGCAUCAAGAUGUUGGAAUGGGAGACACACUUACCUUAAAUGAGAAAUGGUUUGCUAUUGAUGAUGAAGGAAAAGAAGCAAUUCAGAAGCACAUUUGCUCUUUGAGGGGAAAAAGGCUGAGGUUCUGAUGUAGAUGGUACAUAGCUAGUGGAAAAUAUGUGCUAUAACAAAUAUGCUUUUUCAGAAUAUGGAUGAAUUAACAAGUCGAGAUGAUUAAGAGUUCUCCCUAUUUUGUUGGAUAGAUUUGAGUUUGCACAAUCUUUGGAAUUGUUUCCUGUAGAGGAUAUUCUGACGAGGACUGGGAAUCAUUUCGCAAUGAAUGUGUUGUGCAGGAAAGUAUUAAUUAUGUGUAAUGUUGGGAGAUCAUUUUAGUUGUUAGGAAACAAGUCGUGGACAAAAUAUCAUAUUAGAAAUAUUUUUUCUACGUUUUCAUCUUCUAGGAUUAAUGCUUAACUAAAAUGUUGUAAACGUAGAUGUUUAGCACUUAGUGAAAGAUAUUUUUCAAUCCUAUAUAGACGUUUUAUUAUUUUUGUUUUAAUUAAUUAAUGAUUAAAAUUUGGUGCUAA